UUUUUUAACCCCCGCUACCCUCCUCCCCCCUUCCAAAAACACGCACCGAGGCGCCACCCAUUCAUUACCUACCCUUCCUCCUUUUCCAAGUACCAUUUAUUCUUGCGUAGCAUUCAGCUCGCCACAAUCACAAUUGAGACACGUAAAGCACACAGCGACGAGAUGGAUAUCAAGAUGAUCGAGUUCAAGCCGUUUGCUGAUCAGAAGCCUGGCACGUCUGGGCUUCGGAAGAAGGUUACCGUCUUCCAGCAGCCUCACUAUAGCGAGGCCUUUGUCGCCAGCAUCUUGCUCUCCAUUCCUGAGGGCGCCGAAGGAGCUUUCCUCGUCAUCGGCGGCGAUGGACGGUAUUGGAACCCCGAGGUGAUCCAGCUGAUUGCAAAAAUUGGCCCGGCGUACGGUGUCAAGAAGCUCCUAGUCGGCCAGAAUGGCAUACUGUCAACGCCAGCCGCCAGUCACGUCAUCCGCAAGCGCAAUGCCACUGGAGGCAUUCUCCUGACGGCUAGCCACAACCCGGGCGGCCCAAAGAACGACUUUGGCAUUAAGUAUAACCUCGCCAACGGCGGCCCCGCGCCCGAAGCGGUCACAAACAAGAUUUUUGAGACCUCCAAAACUCUCACGUCGUACAAGAUUGCCAGCAUCCCCGAUAUCGACAUAUCGACUGUUGGCACCAGUACAUAUGGAAGCCUCGAGGUGGAGAUCAUCGACAGUACCACCGAUUAUAUCGAAAUGCUAAAAGACAUUUUUGACUUCGAGUUGAUCAAAAAGUUUUUCAUCGCCCACCCCAACUUCAAGGUCCUGUUCGAUGGUCUCUCGGGGGUGACCGGCCCCUACGGAAAGGCGAUAUUCGAACGAGAGCUCGGGUUGGGCCCCGAUUCGACACAGAAUUGCGAGCCAUCUCCGGACUUCAACGGUGGACACCCUGACCCCAAUCUCACUUAUGCACACAGCCUGGUCGAGGUCGUCGAGAACAAGAACAUUCCUUUUGGCGCUGCUUCUGAUGGGGAUGGCGAUCGCAAUAUGAUCUAUGGUGCCGGUGCCUUCGUGUCGCCCGGCGACAGUCUGGCCAUUAUCGCCCACCACGCUCAGCUGAUCCCAUACUUCCAGAGGAACGGGGUUUUUGGACUAGCUCGCAGCAUGCCCACCUCUGGUGCAGUGGACUUGGUUGCCAAAAAACAGGGCUUGAAUUGCUACGAGGUCCCAACUGGGUGGAAGUUCUUCUGUGCGCUGUUUGAUGCCGACAAGCUGUCGAUCUGUGGCGAAGAAUCAUUUGGCACGGGGAGUAACCACAUCAGAGAGAAGGACGGGCUCUGGGCCAUCGUGGCUUGGUUGAACAUCAUUGCGGGCCUGGGUGCUUCUAAGCCAGGCGUAGCACCGAGUAUCAAGCAGAUACAGAAUGACUUCUGGACCGAGUAUGGACGGACAUUCUUCACGCGCUACGAUUACGAGGAUGUUGAUUCGGACGGAGCCAACAGAGUUGUUGGAGUCCUGAACGACUUGGUUUCUGAUCCCACUUUUGUCGGCAGCAAGGUUGGAGACCGGACCGUCACCGCCGCUGGAAACUUUUCCUACACGGAUCUGGAUGGCUCUGUUUCGGCUGGCCAAGGUCUUUACGCUUGUUUCUCGUCCGGCAGCCGGAUCAUCAUUCGUUUGUCCGGCACGGGAUCGUCUGGGGCAACAAUUCGCCUCUAUGUUGAGCAACACAGCACUGACCCGGCCUCAUACGACCUAGAUGCGCAGGACUUCCUCAGACCUGAAAUCAAGAUGGCAACAGAACUGCUGAAGUUCAAGGAGUUUGUGGGCCGGGAUGAGCCUGACGUUAAGACCUGAACUUCCAUAAACGGAACAUACACCAGGAGGGUGGGUGGCGUCCCCAUUAACAAAGAUGACAUUCAAAAUUAUCAUCCCUAGUCCGUAUACGUGCUCGAAACUUUGACAGCGGCUGGAUUGUGGUUGACGGUAUUAAGGACGAGCACUUUUAACCACCCGGUGUGGCUGAAAUAGUGUCGACCUGUAGUACCUA